AUGAUCCUUCUUACUCUUAUUCUUAUUCCUCUAUUUGGUGUUGCUAUUAUUGCUCCAUCUUAUCAAACUCAUCAACAUCUUCCUAUUCUUCAAAAUCAAAGUCAUGUUGAUCCGGAUACAAAAAUCAAAUAUAUUGCUCUUACUGUUUCUAUUAUUGCAUUUCUAUAUUCUCUUAUCCUUCUUGUUCUAUUUGAUCCUUCUACUCCGGAUUAUCAAUUUACUUUCCAUCUACUUACAUCUAAAUCAUUCUCUUCUGAUUUUCAAAUGGGUGUUGAUGGUAUUUCUAUUUAUUUCGUAAUUCUUACUACUUUCCUAUUUCCUAUUUCUUUCCUUGCUAGUUGGAAAAUCUCUUCUUCUACUACUCUUGGAGGUAACAAAUACAAUGUGAAGUUUUAUCUAUGUACUAUGCUUCUUCUUGAAACUCUUCUUAUUCUUCUAUUUGUUGUUACUGAUAUUAUGCUAUUUUAUAUCUUCUUCGAGAGUGUUCUUAUCCCUCUUUUCCUUAUUGUUGGUAUUUGGGGUAGUAGUGCUAACCGAAUCCGAGCCGCUUUCCUUCUAUUCCUAUUUACUCUUGCUGGUUCUCUAUUUAUGCUACUUUCUAUCCUAGCUAUUUAUUAUAAUGUUGGAUCUACUGAUUUCCAACUUAUCCAACAAUUCCAUUUCGAUCCUUCUGUACAAAAACUUCUAUGGAUUGGUGUAUUUAUUAGUAUGGCUAUUAAAUUCCCACUUUGGCCUCUUUAUUCUUGGCUAUAUCGAGCCCAUGCUGAAGCUCCUAUUGCUGGUAGUAUUCUACUAGCUGGUAUUGUUCUUAAGAUGGCUACAUAUGGUAGUCUACGUCUUCUACUACAAUUCCUUCCUGAUGCUUCAUAUUACUUCAGUCCUCUUGUACAAACUAUGGCUAUUAUGAGUAUUAUUUAUGCUAGUCUUGCUACUCUUCGACAAACUGAUUUCAAGGCUCUUGUUGCAUAUUCAAGUAUUGGGCAUAUGGGUAUUAUUGCUCUUGGACUAUUCUCUAAUACUAUCCAAGGUAUUGAAGGUUCUAUUGUUCUUUCUAUUGCCCAUGGAUUCGUUAGUCCUGCACUUUUCAUUCUUGUUGGUGCUGUUCUUUAUGAUCGAUUCCAUACUCGUACUAUUCGAUACUAUCGAGGUGUUGUUACAUAUAUGCCUAUUUUCUCUGUAUUCUUCUUCCUAUUUACUAUUUUCAAUGCUGGUAUCCCUCUUAGUGCUAAUUGGGUUGGUGAACUACUUUGUCUUAUUGGUACAUUCCAAUUUAACCCUAUCGUUGCUGUUCUCGCUGCUUCUGGUAUUGUUCUUAGUGCUGCUUAUUCUAUCUGGCUUUAUAACCGUAUCUCAUUUGGUACAUAUAGUCAAUACCUUAACUUUACUAAAGAUAUCAACCGACGAGAAUUCCACCUUAUCCUUCCUCUUCUAUUCCUUACUAUCCUUGUUGGUAUUCUUCCUAAUACUAUCCUUGAUAAUAUUGAUGUAUCUGUUACAACACUACUAUAUCAAGUAUAG